AUGCGAACUGGCUUCGAGGAUGAGUUUAUGUCGGGAUUCUGUUUCCUUCUCACGUCGAAGAGCCACCUCCAGGGUUCAUUGCAAGAUAAUGACCACGGCACGGGCCCCUGGUGGAUUAGCUUUGAUCGGAGUCUUCCGUCUGCAAUAAAAAAGCUAGACAUGAUUAAACGUCUUGACACUCCGCCCACUGAGCUUCAAACUUUUAAGGAAUGGGGAAUUUCGGUUAAUCCUGAAAUUCGCGAUAUCAAUGUGAAUAUUACGACAAACCAGGGCACAAUAAAGUGGGACAUAAAAGAGCUUAUGCGAGGAAUCUAUUCCACAUAUGUUGACAACCAGAUUGACUAUGGACUCUAUGAACCACCCCCGCCUCCACUGUCCGAGGAGACUCCGUCCUUACAACACAUCCAGAAGGUUUUAGAGCAGCAGCAGCAAACCGCAGAAGUCCAGUCUAUAGACUCGGCCGUACUUCGUCUUACAUGGGGAUCUGAAAACAAUACAGUCUCAGUCACAAACACUUCUUCGGAUGGGGAAUGCGACCUUCAAUACGUGAUCUACGCCCAGUUCCUCGCAGAUAUCGAGCAGGAAAAGUCAGUCUUACUAGAAAUAACUGCACGCACAUUCGCCGCUGGAAUUAUCUCCCAUCUCCCUGCCUCCAAAACCAUUUACUUUGAGUUCCGGAUUCCUAGUCCAUCCUUGUCUUCCCUUAUAUCUGCUGCCCCCAACGGAUUUGAGGUUGGUGCCUCCCAUGAAUUUGAGCCGGGCUCGGUCAUACGAGCACUGCCUCAGAUUAACCGUGACAUUUCUAUGCGCCCGAUACCACAUACCUUCUUUACAGUGGUUCUUGAUAAGCCUGCCUUGAUCCAAGAACCCAGUGUGCUAUUCUACAUCCUAUGGACCGACCCCCGGCAAUACAUUGAACCGCAGACUACCGACAUAGUCGUUGAGACUCUGCGGAGCGCUGGUAUUCAGGAAGCUGCAAGGAGGCUUGCAAUGCUAGCGGUGGAAGGGAAACUCCAGGAUUGUCCAAGGAAGCUUACGCAGGAGGAGCAUAGGGGAUUAUUGUCUUUGUCACCAGAGGAGUACGAACAGAAGAUGAACUUCUAG